AUUCAAUCGAUAAAAACGACACCACCGAAUCCAUGGUAAUCGACAGUACACCUCUGGUUCUCAAUAGUAAACCAAUAAAAGAAUCUGAAACACCUGGCAAACAAGCUCGAAGCAAAUUCAUGUCUCCUGUUCACACAAAUGCUAAACUCUUGUGGGAUUCUAAACCUUCUGUUACUACAGGAGAGGAAUACUUGAAAGAUGCCUGGAAUACCCAUGAGGCUCUUAUUAAAUCUAUCUUGUCUGGGAAAACAAUCAGUAGUGGCAUGAAUGAUGCCUACAUAAAAUGUGAGAUUCUCUGUCGAGAUGGAAGAAGUGCAGUUAUAUAUUCGCGCGUAAAGAAUGUACUUUCCCGUCAUAUUGAUGGAUUGGCCAAAAAUUUGGGAGAAAUGGCUAGUUCGUAUGAUAACUUUCUUCAAUACACGAACAAGUGCUGGAAUCAAUUGUCAUUUGAUCUGCAUCAAUUAAAAAAAUUAUUCAUGCCGAUGGAUAGAAGUUAUAUAGUUCAGUCAACAGAAUACGAUUCUAUCAUUGAUCUUGGAUAUAGUCUAUUCAAAGACAACUUGGUAAAGAAUGACGCUAUAAAAGAACGACUAGUUGCCAAUAUUCUCUACUAUGUAAAAGUUGAAAGAGAUGGUGGCACUGUAGACCAGCCGUUGAUCAAAUCUUUGCUACAAAUGUUGAUGACCCUAUCUUUGUACUCCACCAUAUUCGAACCUCGAUUUAUUGAAGAGACGGCACGGUAUUAUGAGCAAGAGGGUCGUAGUCUAAUCCAAAAAAUCGACAUUCCAAAUUAUCUUGUUCAUGUCACAAGGCGCGUCAAAGAAGAAGGCGAGGAUCGUAAACAAGCUUAUUUGGAUAAAUCCACCGAAAUCAGAUUGGUACAGACAGUAAAGAAUGAGCUGGUUUACCGAAUGACCAACGAUAUUCUUUCCAAAGGCUUUGAUUCUAUGGCAGAUGAAAUGAAGCUAGAGUCCCUCAAGACAUUGUAUGAUUUAUUGUCUCCAGAAAAGGACCGGACAGAGUUACGCCAGGUAUUUGGUAGUUACAUAAAGAAACGAGGCAUAGAAUUCAUCAAAGACCCAUCAAACGACAACGCCAUGAUUGUCACAUUGCUGGACCGAAAACAAAGAGCUGACACGAUUAUGGAAAAAUGCUUUGAUAAUAAUAUUUUAUUCGCAAAUACAGUCAAGGAGAGCUUUGAAACAUUCAUUAAUUCUAGAAACAACAAACCUGCAGAAUUGAUAGCCAAAUACAUUGAUUCAAAGCUGAGGAUGAGUGAAAAGAAAAAAGCAGAGGUUGACAUGGAGAAAGUACUGGACGACGCCCUUGCCAUAUUUAGGUUUACCCAAAGUAAAGACAUCUUUGAGGCUUUCUACAGAAGAUUCUUUGCUCGAAGGCUUUUGUCGACCUUUGAUGUAUCUGAAGAAGCAGAAAUGAGUAUGAUAACAAAACUCAAAUCAGAGUGUGGCCCGGAUUUUACAAAGGAUUUAGAAAUUAUGUUUAAAGACAUGUCUAUUUCAUCUGAACUCCAAGCAAAAUUCAGGGAAGCCACAAUUAAUACUGAUGUAUACGACAAAACGAUGAACGUUAUCAUUUUAACAUCCAGUGCUUGGCCAAACACACCGAAGCAUGAAGCUAUUUUACCACCCAAAUUGGCCGAGUCCCAGGAAGUAUUUAAGCAAUUCUAUGUUUCAAAAUUCAAGGGUAAAAAGCUCACUUGGCACAAUGCCUUGGGUCAAUGUAUACUUCGGGUCAGAUUCCCUCGAGGCGUAAAAGAACUCUCGACCAGCUUAUUCCAAUCGAUCGUCUUGUUUCUAUUCAACGACGAAACAAAAGAAACUAUUAGUUUCCCAGAAAUAGCAACUGCUACAGGCAUAGAUGAAAAGGAACUUCGACGAGUUCUGCAAUCCUUGGCGUGUGGCCAAUCCCAAGUGUUAACAAAAACACCUCCUGGAACAGAAGUCAAGGACACAGAUGUAUUUGCAUACAAUGCAGACUUUUCCGCUGCCCGUCCUCGUGUUAAGAUCAGUCCGAUAAUCAGUGAUACAUCAGCAGAAGAGAACAAAGAUACGGAGAAUAGUGUAUUGUUUAAUCGACAAUGCCAGAUCGAUGCUGCUAUUGUUCGAAUCAUGAAAGCCAAAAAUAAGCUUUCUCAUGGCGCCUUAGUAAAUGAAUUGUUUGCGACUCUUAGAUUCCCAAUCAAUGCCUCUGACAUCAAGAAGCGUAUCGAAUCCCUUAUUGAAAAGGAAUUUCUGUUACGCGAUGAAGAAGACAAUUCAGCUUACAUUUAUAAUACCUGAUUUAUAAUUUUUUCUUUUCUUUAUAAAAAAAUGCUAAACAUUUUAUCUUAACGCUUACUUUGUUCAUUUAUUUAUAUAACACAUACAAUAAAUCGCCAUUUAAGUCAAUAAAACAGAUC